UCAUUUUGUGAUUUUUAGGCUGUUCUGGUUGUAUAAAUUCUGUAAACUGUAUCCUCUCCUGUCCUCUCAAAGAUAUUAUGGCUGCUUCUCCCUCUCCUCCACUGGUUCUACCGCCGAGCAAUGCUUCCAUUAGGAACGGGUCCCCUCUCUCUCUAGCACCACAGGCUUCACAAGGAGGUGGCGGCGGCAAAUGCUUCCGUGAUAUGCCUCAAGCUAGCUCUAACGAGACCAUCAAAGCAUACGCCAGUCUUUCUGUGCGUAUCUCUGAAAUGACAACUGAGUUCAUUCAAAAGUUAUCAGCUGCUCAAAAAGCUCACAGUCAGCAACUGUCUAGUAUCUGUGUGGCCUUUAGGAGGAAGGCUCAAGACAUCAAGAAAAACUGGGUUCAUCUUGAAGGAACUCAUUUCAAUGUUUGGAACACUCUUAUCACUUUAACUGAGGAUGAUGCUAAAGCAUACAUGGAUUUAUCAAGCAGUCUAUUGGACAGUGUGAGUCAGGAACUACAGUCUCACACUGCUAAGAAGAAGCUCCUUAUAAAGAAGGUAUUUCAGUAUCGAUCGGCAAUGACAUCAAGGGUUGAAAAGACAGAGGCUGAUCUUCAAAAGCUACACAAGGAGUAUUGUGAUCAGUGGGCCAAGUAUGGAGAAAGCAUGGAGAAAGAUACAGUAAAGGACAAUCAGAUCCUACUAAGCUAUAAUCAUCAUAAUAAUUACGUGAUAGAGAAGUCGUCUUUUAGUUCACUACAUGACGUAUUCUAUGGAACACAUGUCUACUCUAUGCUAGAUGAAAUUCAGUCAAUGCAUAAAGAUCUUCUUGACGGCUAUGCUGAUAACAUUGCUAAACUAGUCGAAGCAUCACAGAAAAAGCUUGAUUUCAAUCAGGCUCAGUUGAGACAGUUAUCUGACGCUGUAUCUAAUAUAUCCAGUUCUUAUGAUGUGGCAAAAUUUGCUACUGAUCACUCAUCUACAGUGCACUAUCCCCCACCCAAGCCUAUGUUUCAACUACCUGAGAAUAAUAGCAGUAAACUGCCUGUGUUGUCUGAUAAUCUCCAGUUGAUUGAUUUGACUCAAGCUCCAUUGCUCCACCUGCUUGACGAGCUUAAGAAACAGGAAGCUUUGCUUACUGCUCAGAGAGAAAAACUUCAAACUGAGUAUGAGAGUGAACUAAACUUACAUCAAAGUUAUAAAACCAACCCGGCGUUAGGUGACGCUCACGAUGUUGAGGUUGAGAUGACUUACAUGAGAAAUGUCAUUAGAGAGAAGGAGUGUGAAAUGAAAGAAGUUGCUGGAAAACUGGCGGUUUUUAAAGAUCUUGAGGAAGGAGGGCUGGGUAUUACUGGGAUGCAUAGAGCGCAAGCUAAUGUACCAGCUGAGUAUGAAUCCUCGGGAAAUAAAAUUGGUAACCCUCGUCGCUCAUCAGAAAUAUUUGUACAAGGAAAGGAACACGAAUGGACAGACUUCAAUAAAAAAUUCCCAGUUCAGUGCAGAUACUGCAAUGGCUUUAUACAAGUUUCUGUACGCCCCGGAACUGUUUGUAAGAUAUGUCGUAUCAGUGUUCAUACAAAGUGUCAGUUGUCUGUUCCUUAUUGCUCUGGAGAGGCACCUACUCCAAAGUCUCCCAAGCUCCCAAGAAUGAAUCUGAAGAAAGUGUACAAAAAGAUGAAGGGAGGAGGAGGAGCUGCUUUUGCUCCAGUGAAGGAAAAUGAAAGGAGUGCAUCACCAACUGAGUCAGAGUCCACUGGCAUUUACUGCACUAUUGAAGAAAAAUAUUUUGGAAACCAACCAGCUCCUCCUCCAAGAGAGCAGUCACUAGAUCCUAAAAGAAGAUCCCAGUUACCAAGUGCUUAUCAUCGUGAGUCUCUCUUUGAGCCCAGUGGUGAAUGGGAUCCACCCACGCACUGUGUCGCACUCUACGACUAUGAAAAAUUCAAUCCAAAUGACAUGCCACUCAGUGCUGGUAAUGUGAUUGAACUAUUGAACACUGCUAGUGUUGACUGGUGGAAGGGAACAAUUGGUAGUAAAAAAGGUUAUUUUCCAGCUCAAUAUGUACAAGUGGUGAGUCCAGGUGAUCACAUAUACAAGGCAAUGUAUGACUAUACACCUUCUUCUGAAGGAGAAAUGCCUCUAUCAGAAGGACAGAUUUUAGUUUUGUCACGUGAUGAAGAUGAUGGCUGGGUUUCUGCUCAUUCUGGCAUGAAAGAAGGUCUCGUUCCAAAGAAUUACAUUGAACAUGUUGCUAUUGUUGAAUAACAUUUUAGUAUAACAUUUUUUUCUGAUUAUACAUGUAUAUGCACAUGUUCUUGUGUUUUUUGUACACUAUUUACAGUAAUGGUGGUUGUGUCUAUUAUUUAUCGUUUUAACUUUUUUCAUGAUUAUCUUUAAUUUAUUAUAGAA